AUGGCAGCCGCGAGCGACGGCGAUGAAAUGAUGGCGGAUGCCGAUGACGGAUUCCAAACCGACGAUCGUGAUGCGUGGAAUCGACUCAGUGGCAUUGCACUUGCCUGGUCGCUGGCCAUUUCCGUGGCCUUAGCAGCCCACUGCUCGCAGGGGGAUCGGCGCCAGGACAAGCGGCUGCGACUUCAGCAGUUUCAAGGUUGGCAGUUUCUGAUGUGCUGCAUAAUCAUCUGGCACCAUUACUGCAACCCUAGUAUCUUCUCGCAAGUGGCAUAUUGCUCCGUGACGUUCUUCGUCUUCUUUUCGGGCGUCGUGACGCAGUACGCAUAUGCAGACAAGAUGUCUGGUGUCAAAGCACACCUGCUUGCGUUUUACUUGCGACGAAUCGCUCGAGUUCUUCCGAUGUAUUACGGAAUUCACUUCCUGGUGUUGGUUUUGUCGGGCAAAUCCCUGGCGACCGACUUUCAGGACUCGGUCUUGAUGAUCUGCACUUGGCACGGGUCUUCUCCUGCCACAAAUUUUCCUGCAUGGACGGUCUGCGCGCUGGUGUGGUGCUGGUUGUUUGCUCCACUCUCUUCCCGCCUCCUGCGCUGCAUGCGACAGCGUUACGGAAGCAGCGCGCACUACCCGAUGGCUCUUUGGAGCUGUUUGAUGGCGCUCGGCUUCUGCGAUGAAGUGUGGGCUCGCCUUGCAGGUCGACACACACGGCUUGCCUCAAGUUGGGGGAUCGCCAGCUGCUGCGCCGAGCCAAGGGAAUACCGACAAAAUGAAUACAUGGACCUGGACUACUGGUUCUAUGAGACAAGGCACAACGUCUUCAUAUUCUGCUUGGGUAUGGGCGUGGCAGAGUUGGCCCUGCACCUGCCCGAUGCACCGCACAUGGCAUGGUUUUGGCCCAUCUGCUGCGACGUGACCUUGCUUAUGACCCUGGCACUGACGGCCUCCUGGAAGCAUGGCUGGCCUACCUGGGGCAGCAGCUAUUGGAGUGGCUCUUUCGCACCGGUGACCGUUUGGGUUCUGACGUCAACCCUGGGUCACCAAUCGCUUUUGAAUCGAAUCUGCAGUCAUCGAAUUCUGCACAACUUGGGGGAGUAUUCCAUGCAGAUCUACCUGCUUGCAAACCCCCUCCACGACUUGCUGCCAGUCGAAAUAGAGCCGAUCCUGCUUUAUGCCGUCAUUGUUACGAUCUCGGUGGCCGUUGCCGAUGUCGCCGAGAGACGGUGGUCAGAGUUCCUGAAGAAAGCUACAGACAAGCUCCAGCAUGGUGCUGCAGGUCCAAGCCAAGGCCUCGAGGACGGCAUUCUCCUAGCCCGGGGCGCUCCGGGGCUCUUAGAGAGCGCAAAGUGA